AUGACACAUACAAUUCAUCGAGCAGUCAAUCAUCGUGAUCCAUUAUCAUAUCCACGUCUUGAAAAUGAAGAAACAUUUACUGGUCGUGUAGCUAAACAAAAAGUACCAUUUGAACAAACUGAAACACAUGUUGCACAACGUGAUGAACCAUGGAAUCGAUUAUAUUCAACAGCUACACUUUCUUCUGGUCGUCAUGAAAUUUAUACAACUGAUCCAAAAGCACCUCUUGAUUCACUUGAUUUUCUACUUAAAACUCAAUAUGAUCAACAUGGAGAAACAUUUGCAGGAAAAGCUCGUACAUGUGUUCAAUUAGAGACUACUUCUGAUGAUCAUGGUCGUAUUUUAAAAAAUCGUGUCGUCUACAAAGCUCCAGUUCAAAAUGAUCUUAAUCAUCCAUUACGUAUUGCCGAGAGUGGUCGAAAAGAACAUAUAUCAGAACCAAAACAAGCCAUUCAGGGUAAUCAUACAAUGUUAACUAAUCGUGGUUAUGCUCGAAAUCAUCUUGGAUCAUAUUUUGUUGCUUAA